AUGUCAACAAAUGCACAUGUGAUUUUAGUUAAAAGACCCGGUGUGAAUGGUGUCCCUACAGAGGACAAUUUUGGGUUUGAAGAAUGUCCUUAUCCCCCAGACCCGGAUCCUGGAGAAAUCCUUAUUAAAACCCUUUACUUAUCAGUAGACCCUGCCCUGAGGUGCAGAAUGAAUGAGGACACAGGAGUACAUUAUUUGUCCCCUUGGGAGAUUGGUAAAGAAUUAGGUGGAUUUGGGGGAGUAGGACAAGUCAUUAAGAGUGCUGACCCUGAGUUUACCCAAGGGGAUAUUGUGGAGAGUCAGUAUGGAUGGCCUUGGGUUGGUUACUUCAAAAGAAGACAGAAUGAGCAAAAUCCACUCAGGAAGGUAGAUAAAUCUUUACUGGGAGGAAACCUAACCCUACCACUCACAGUUUUGGGUAUGAUUGGUUUGACUUCAUACCUUGGAGUAAAAGAAAAAGGUGGGAUAAAACCAGAUUGUAACCAGACUAUGGUAGUAAGCGGUGCUGCUGGGGCGUGUGGUUCUAUAGCUGGGCAGCUAGGGAGACUGGAGGGGUGCACAAGAGUGGUGGGAAUAUGUGGCUCAGACACAAAAUGUAAGUUCCUGACAGAAGAACUAGGAUUUGAUGCUGCCAUUAACUAUAAGACAGAGAAUGUCAAAGAGAGGCUGUCGGCACUCUGUCCAGAUGGAGUCGAUGUUUACUUUGAUAAUGUGGGUGGAGAAAUCAGUAACACAGUGAUAAACCAGAUGAACAAGGAUUCUAAUGUUAUAUUGUGUGGACAGAUAGCAGUAUAUAACAAAGAUGUACCUUAUCCCCCUCCCAUACCAGAAAGCAUUGAAUCCAGACUAAAGGAGCAAAACAUUAGCAGAACUAGAUUCUUGGUGUUGAAUUAUGUGGAGAAAUUUGAAGAAUCCAUGAAGGAACUUGCUGAAUUAGUUUUAUCUGGCAAACUAAAGGUAAGGGAGACAACCAUGGAAGGCUUAGAAAAUACAGGAAAAGCCUUUGUGUCUAUGAUGAAUGGAGGAAACAUUGGUAAACAACUAGUCCAUGUAGCUGAUCCAUAAAACCCUAACAGUUAAUGAAAUGACAAUCAUAAUUGAUAAAGAAGUGACAGAUGGACCUUGAUCAGCAUAAGUUAAUAUGCAUUGCUAUAUAAAUUAAUACAUGUAUUAUACCCCUACUUCCAAACCAGUUCCCAUGAAGUGUGAUUUGUAAAUGUACAUACAUGUACAUGUAAUGUAUGUCAGAAGAAUCAAAUGAAAUGAUCUUAGCUGAAAAUUACUAAUUUUUAAUGGGUUUUUUUUUCAUUUACAGUAUAUUUAAUCAGAAAUUAGGAAUCAAUAGUAAGAAUUAUCCUGUUUAUACUAUAAAAUUUUUUUUUGAAG